AUGCUGUUCUCAAUUGCUCUCACUGCCACUCUCCUCGCGUCCACCUAUGCGGCGCCUACCGGUCGCGUUGCCCGGGACAUGACUGUCGCGUCUGGCUCAAAAGCGCCCAUGGAACUUACCAAGAAGAAGUCCAACUCCAGCGGAUCUAUGGGAGCCGUCUACAUGAUCACGAACGAGCCCUCUGGUAACUUCGUUGUGGCGGCUGAUAUCAAUAGUGACGGAUCUUUGACCCUGGCUACCGCAAUGGCCACUGGCGGUGCGGGUCAGCACGGAAACGCGGAGGGGCCCGACGCCCUCUUCGGACAGGGUUCUGUCAAGACCAACGCCAACAACAGCAUGCUGGCCGCCGUCAAUGCCGGUUCGAACACCAUCUCCCUCUUCGCGAUCGACCCGAAGAACCCGUCAUCGCUCUCCGCUGUGGGUCAGCCCAUCAGCUCCGGCGGCGAGUUCCCCCAGUCGCUCGCUUUCAACGCGGCUGGCGACAUGCUUUGCACCCUCAACGGUGGCGCCCUUGAUGGUGUACAGUGCUUCUCGGUCAACGGCACUGCCGGCCUCACGCCUAAGGCCAACACGCGUCGCAACAUCAACAUCAACCAGACGACGCCCGCGACUGGCCCGGCCGGCACAGCCAGCCACAUCAUCUUCAGCGAGGACCAGAAGACCGUGUUUGCUGCCGUCAAGGGCAACCCCGACGCCAACUUCACCGGUUUCCUUGCCGCAUGGGACAUCCAGGACGACGGCUCGCUCUCUGAGGACUUCACCAAGGUCGAGCUUCCGCAGGGUGGUGCGCUUCCCUUCGCCAUCUCGAACAUCGCCGGCUCGAAGGGCGCUCUCUUCGUCGCGGAUGCUGGUGUCGGCGCCGACGUCUUCGACCUCUCGAAGGGCAUCUCUGCAGCUGCUAAGAGCAACGCUACCACGACCGUCCCCGUCGAAGGUCAGGGCGCCGUCUGCUGGACCGCGUUCAGCAGCAAGGUCUCGUCGUUCUUCGUAUCGGACAUCAAGACCAGCCUCGUCACCGAGAUCGCCGUUGAUCCCUCCACGCUCAACUCGACCGUUAUCAAGCAGUACGAGACGCAGGACGCAGCUGGCACCAUCGAUCUUGAGGUUGCCACUGUGAACAACAAGGACUUCCUCUACGUGAACAUGGCGAACGCGACGUCCAUCGCAGUGUUCGCUGUGCCCGCGCAAGGACAGGCGAAGAAGAUUCAGACGCUCAACCUCGCGAAUGCCGCCAAGAAGGCCGGUCUGCCCCUCAACGGCGACAACGUCCAGGGUAUGACCGUUUUCCUCGCCAAGUCGGAUUAA